AUGAGAAUUCUUUUGAGCAAACUUCCUCGUCCAUGGAUUGUAGAUGAGAAAAAAGAUGAUGGCUACACUGCCCUCCACUUGGCAGCUCUCAACAAUCAUGUAGAAGUAGCUGAACUUCUUGUCCACAAUGUAACUUCUUUAAUCUCUUCUUCGCCCUUUGUCUCCAUUUCCCUCCUAUUCUUAAAUUGUCAUUCAUUCUUUUUCUUCAAAAUAAUCUUUUUCACCAGUUUUCAUUCGCUUCCUGUUGUCUCCGUUUCUUCUUCUUCUUCUUCUUCUUCUUCUUCUUCUUCUUCUUCUUCUCCUCCUCCUUCUUCUUCUUCUUCUUCUUCUUCUUCUUCUUCUUCUUCUUCUUCUUCUUCUUCUCCAGUUGAGCCCCUUUACUUUUCAUUUCUUACAACACAUCUUACAUCCAUCUUUUUCAUUUAUCUUCUUUUUCUGAUUCAAUUCAAAAUUUCACACCGCGCCUCUUUCUUUCUUGCUUUCUUUCUUUCUUUCUUUCUUACAUUCUUUAUGCCUUUUUCUUUCUUUCUUUCUGUCAUUCUUUACUUCUUCCUUUCUGUCUUUUUUCUUCCUUUCUGUCUUUUUUCUUCCUUUCAUUCUUUCUUUCUGUCAUCUUUCUGUCUUUUUUUAAGCUUUCUUUCAUACUUUCCUUCUUUCUUUCUGUCUGUCUUUCUUUCCGUCUGUUUCUUUCUUUCUUUCUUUCUUUCUUUCUUCCUUUCUUUCUUUCCUUCUUUCUGUCUUUUUUCUUUUUUUCUGUCAAUCUUUCUUUCGGUCUUUUUCUGUUUGUCACUCUUUCUUUCUUUCUUUCUUUCUUUCUUUCUUUCUUUCUUUCUUUCUUUCUUUCUGUCUUUUCUCUUUUUUCAUUCUUUCUUUCUGUUUUUUUCUUUCUUUCUGUCAUUUUUUCUGUCUUUUUCUUUCUCUCUGUCUUUCUUUCUUUCUUUCUUUCUCUCUUUCAUUCAUUCUGUCUUUUUGUCUCUUUCUUUCUGUCUUUUUUCUUUCUUGCUCUUAUUCUUUCUGUCUCUCUUUCUUCCUGUCAUUCUUUCUUUCUCUUAUUCUUUCUUUUCUCAUUCUUUCUUUCUUUCUUUCUCUCAUUCUUUUUUCUCUUUCUCUUUCUCUUUCUUUAUUUCUCUCUUUCUUUCUUAA